AGAGAGAGAGAGAGAGAGAGAGUGAGAUGCCGCGAGAAAAACUAAAGACGCGGUGGUUGCUGCUACCGUUGUAAUAGCCGUUGCUGUGGCCGUCGGUGCCGACGUCUUCGUCGUCGCCAUCCUCAUCGUCGUAACGAGUCGUGUUUACGGUUGCGGGCUACGCUGUGUACACGCUGUAGGAUUCGACUAUUUCCGACGACGUGCCUCUUGCUUGCGUGCACAGCCACACCACCACGACCAGGUUCAUCGGCAGGAUGUGUGCUCCACGCCGUGGAAGCCUAAGAGGAAGGCGAACCGUCGGCCGCAGACGCGAGCUGUCCUCUCGUCAGUUGCGCGAAAUGCUAAGGUGAUGUAGAAAAAAUUGAAACUGCCAGAUUGACAUAGCUUUCUCACGGGAAACUGCAAUACAUCAAAGGCCAAGACGGGUGACAGGGAGAAGAGGAUGGUAUCUCUGUCCAACGCAGAGACCGGUACGAUGGACAGAAUCUCAGACGACGACGAUGACGAGCCUAGUAGCGGAUCGGAAACGUACGAGGAAGGAGAUCUCCUUACAGCUGCUAUGGACGAUGAUGUAACAGCACAACUCGCCGCUGCAGGUUGGCAAUACAAACACAUUAAUGGACCUGUCGGUGUAGCCGCAGCUGCCGCCAUCGUAUCAGCAAAGAAACGAAAACGUCCCCAUAGUUUCGAAACCAAUCCCAGUAUCAGGAAGAGACAGCAAAAUAGACUUCUCAGAAAACUUAGACAAACUAUCGACGAGUUCGCGACGAGAGUCGGACAGCAGGCGGUAGUGUUAGUGGCUACUCCGGGUAAGCCAAAUAGUAGUUACAAAGUUUUCGGGGCGAAGCCGUUAGAAGACGUAGUGAAAAAUCUAAGGACCGUUAUCAUGGAAGAGCUGGAGAGCGCGUUGGCGCAGCAAGCACCGCCGCCCGUGCAGGACGAUCCGUCUCUGUACGAAUUGCCGCCCUUGAUCAUUGAUGGUAUACCAACACCAGUGGAAAAGAUGACACAGGCGCAACUUAGAGCAUUUAUUCCAUUGAUGCUAAAAUACUCAACUGGUCGAGGUAAACCCGGUUGGGGCAGAGACAGUACGCGACCACCUUGGUGGCCCAAAGAACUGCCUUGGGCGAACGUGCGGAUGGACGCGCGGUCGGAGGACGAGAAGCAGAAGAUCUCGUGGACCCAUGCGUUGCGGCAAAUUGUAAUAAAUUGUUAUAAGUUCCACGGAAGAGAAGAUCUUCUACCGGCGUUCAGCGAAGAGGAUGACAAGUCAACCGUUCUGAUACAGCAAGCUACUCCCCACUCUUCGUCGCAUUCUCAGUCGCACUCGUCGAGUCAAGGGCAAAGUGGACAGUCGCAGCAGCAACAGACGGUGGGAGUUGUUCGCCUCAACAGCACGGAUUCAUCUAAGGGAAACUCUUCGCCAGCACAAAUCAUUGCCGCGUCUCCCACAGCUCUUGCCACUGCCACCCAGGUGAUGACGGCCCAAUAUCCCACAGCUGUAUUGCAGACAAUAACCAAUCCGGAUGGUACAGUUUCUAUAAUACAAAUGGAUCCUAAUAAUCCAAUCAUUACGUUACCAGAUGGUACGACAGCUCAGGUUCAAGGCGUUGCUACCAUCCACACGAGUCAAGGAGAAGUGCAAACACUAGCAGAAGUAGCCGGUGGUACGGAGGGUGCUAGUGUGGCUGUUGAUCUGAAUAGCGUUACAGAAGCGACGUUAAGUCAAGACGGCCAAAUCAUCCUUACCGGGGAGGACGGACACGGAUAUCCUGUUUCGGUAUCGGGUGUGAUCACCGUACCGGUAUCAGCCGGUAUGUAUCAAACUAUGGUGGCCAAUAUUCAGAGCGACGGCACGAUGCAGGUCGUCGCGCCAAUGGUUCAGGUGCCCAAGGUCGAGCCCGGCAACGGCGAGAGCCUCGAGGCCGUCACUAUACAGGGUCAUCCUAUGACCAUGAUUAACGCCGCCGGCGAGCAUCAGGUUCUCCAAGUGAUAUCCCUGAAGGACGCCAAUGUUCUAACGAAGGCUAUUCAGGCCGAAGUUGUUAAGGAUGAGGAUAGUCAGCCGCAACAAACUGUGUCUAGCCCAGAAUAGAAAAAAGAGCGAAAGAACAGGGAGAAAGAGUGAGAAUGCGUGAGAGGGAGAGAGAGAGAGAGAGAGAGAGAGACAAUGGUCAAGUAUAUUGCGUUUAUAGUUGACAGAGUCACUCUGUAUGUCUAGAACGCAGCGCGUGGUUUUGCAACAUAAUAUGAGAGAGGGAGACAUACGGAAGCGAUGAGGAGAGCGAGUGAAGGAAUUAAUGAUGAUUGAUGUGUUCUUUCUCUUUGAGUCACUGUAUAGUAUGUCCUACUGACUGCGGAUCAUCGAAAACAGAGAGAGAGAGGGGGAGAGAAAGAGAGAACGAGCGGUUCUGUCUGAAAGUGAGAAAGCAAGAGAGAGAGAGAGAGAGAGAGAGAGUGUGUGUGUGUGCGUGUGUGUGCGCGUGUACGUGCGAAUGAAUGUAUGCGUCGGAUUAAGAUUAUUCGUAUUUGUACUCGAGAUUUAUUAUAGGCGCUUGAGGGUAUUCACUUGCAAUUUGACUUCUCAGACGUAGUAUUAAUUUUUUAAGAGAUUGUUUUAUCGCGAUCAGAGUGGGCGAUAUUGACCGCCCACGGUCUCCGCAGACACAAUUCGCCGGAAUGCAUACGUGUAACUAUCUCGUAUAUUGUUUAUUGGAAAAUGGAAAGUCACAUCGACGUAAAUGUAUUUUCCGGUAUUGUGCAAGCUAUAUUAAGGACAUAUUUUCAUCUAGUCUUAGAGUCAGGUCAGGUCAGAUCAGGUCGAGGUAUACCAAAGAAAACGGGAAAAACGAGAAAUUUAUUUUUAAUCCGACAACCUGAAAGAGAGAGAAAGAGAGAGAGAGAGAAAAAGAGAGAGAUAGGUUCAUACAAUAUGAAAAUGUUUAUUCGGAGGUUUUA